AUGACCCAAGACUACGAGACAGUGCUCAAGGGCAAGUAUCCCGCCAAGGAGCAUGCUCUCCGUGUCGCCGACUACGUCAAGUCCAAGGUUCCCGAUGCUACCGGCAUUCUCUAUGUUGAAGGUCGUAUGACCAAGAUGCUCGAAGACAACGACGAGCCUGAACCCUUCAGACAGCGCCGCUAUUUUUACUAUCUGACCGGUUGCCCCCUCGCCGACUGCCACUACAUCUUUGACCUCGCGACAAGCAAGUCGACCCUCUUCAUCCCCCCCAUUGACCCUGAUAGUGUCAUCUGGUCUGGUCUGCCCGUCAGUGCGGCCGAGGCAAAGGAGUUGUACGACGUCGACGAAGUCAAGUACACUACGGAUGUCAAUGCCGAGCUUGCGCGCCUUGGCAAAGGCCCCAAAAAGACCGUCUUUGCCAUCCAGAACCAGGUCUUGGACAGCAUCACUUUCCUCGAGUUCGACGAAAAGAACUUCAGCAUUCUGAAAGACGCAAUUGAACGUUGCCGUGUAGUCAAGGACGACUACGAGAUCGCUCUCACCAGGAAGGCCAACGCCGUUUCGACCGUUGCCCACCACGCCGUUGUCGAAUACGUCAAGAAGGCCAAGAACGAGCGGGAACUGGAGGCUCUCUUUUUGCAGCGCAGCGUUGCGAACGGCGCCAAGAACCAGGCUUACCACGGUAUAUUUGCUGGAGGUCGCGCGGCUGCCACCCUCCACUAUGUUGCCAAUGACGCUCCCUUGGAGGGCAAGCUCAACCUUCUUCUGGAUGCUGGCACGGAAUGGAACUGUUAUGCCUCCGACAUUACCCGGACGUUCCCCAUUUCCGGCAAAUUCAGCAAGGAAUCCCGCCAGAUCUACGAUAUUGUGCUGAAGAUGCAGCUGGAGACGACCGCCGCCCUAAAGGAGGGCGUCAUUUGGGAUGAAAUUCACCUGCUGGCUCACAAGAUCGCCAUUGAUGGACUCCACUUGAUUGGAAUUCUUAAGGGCGACAAGGACGAGAUCCUCAAGAACAGGACGAGCGUUGCCUUCUUCCCCCACGGCCUGGGUCACUACCUUGGCAUGGACACUCACGAUGUUGGCGGUAACGCCAACUAUGCCGACAGAGACCCCAUGUUCCGUUACCUGCGUGUGAGGGGAGCGCUCCCCGCUGGUAGCAUCGUCACCGUCGAGCCGGGUAUCUACUUCUGCAGUUUCAUUAUUGAGCCGUACCUCAAGGACCCAGUCCACUCCAAGUUCAUCGAUAGUGCUGUUCUGGAGAAGUACUGGGACGUUGGCGGUGUGAGAAUUGAGGACAAUAUCCUGAUCACGAAGGACGGCAGCGAAAACCUGACACCCACUAUCAAGGACCCCGACGAAUUAGAGAAGAUUAUCCAGGCAAGCUAG